CUUCCGAUCGCUCUUUUUUACAUUUUACGACAUUAUGUUGCACUCAAUAUGCAACCUUAAGUAUCCCGAGAUAAAUUAGGUCAAUUUUUAUUUUUUGGUUUUCGCGAUUUGAAAAAUGGGGUGUUUAAGGGUUCUCGCGGUGGUGCUUUGUGCGUGGUGCGCAAGAACCGAGGGAUAUUUCCAAAACGAUUUCGGACUGUUUCCGGAUUUACCAAUGGGGGUGCCGAGAAGUGAAAAUUCCGUUUGCAGGCAACAGAGUGAACUGUUUGUGGAUAAUUUGAGGAAUUUAACUUUGUGGGCUCACGAGAUGUGGGAUGCGACAGCAAAAGCGUCCACAGGAGUCCUCCGAGGCAACAUCUUUCAAAUGGGACACUUCGAGCAGUGUCUCACCUCAAAAGCCCCCUUUGAGACCCAGUACUGUUUAGCGACAGUAAGAAUUCACGUUCCCGCUCUGGAUAAGCCCGAUAGGGACUCGCUGGCGUUGGAAAUCGAUCCGGGCGACUCCGUUCUGGAUAGGCUUUAUAGGUACAGUGAUAGAUCUAAGCAACCGAGGGAUACGAUUAAUCUCGGGUGGUGCGUGCCCGCCUCUUGUACCAUCCAGGAUCUGGAUAAGUCGCUGAAUGAGUAUUUGAGUAGCGUGGAGACACCUUUGGAUAAGAAAAAUGUCACUUAUACGGCGUCUAUUAGGAAGGAGUUUUGCCAGAGAGCCUCGGAGAAGCAACACUAUAACGCUGUGGAUUAUUCGUUUUGCUUGCUUACCUUGAUAUUUGUGGUUCUGGUGCUGCUCUCUACCACUUACGACUACCAUAGCGACAAAGAGGUUGUGGAAGAGAAGGAUGUAAAGAAAUCCGUAACUCAAAAGUUGUUACUAUCGUUUUCGGCUAGAACGAACUUUUGGGAAAUGGCCCAGGCGGAGACCACCAAUCCAGACUUGAGUGUCUUAUAUGGACUGAGGACCAUUUCCAUUAUGGUUAUCAUUUUGGACCAUAGGUUUGGCACGUUCACUUCUUCCGCCCUGAUCAAUUUUGAUUAUGUCGAAAAACAAUACCGUGCCCCGUUUGCCUGUAUGGUGUUCCACGGGGAUCUGUUCGUGGAUACGUUUUUCCUUCUGAGCGGUCUUUUGGUGGCCUACGGACUACUCACGCAAUUCGACAAAAGGAUGGUCAAUCCGGGCUUUAUUAUAUUUCUGCGCUACAUAAGGUUAACGCCCGUUUAUGCCUUUGUAAUAUUUUACUACGCAAGUCUGUUCGAUUAUUCGGGAAAUGGACCGCUGUGGAAAGUCAUUGCUGGGGCGGAUGCCCAAGAUUGCAGGGACAACUGGUGGGCCAAUCUGCUUUACAUUAAUAAUUACGUCAAUGCCGAACAUAUGUGUAUGACGCAUGCGUGGUACCUCCCUUGCGACUUCCACUACUUCAUCAUAGCCAUUGGCAUCUGUAUGCUGAUAAAAAAAGAAAAGAAAAUCGGCUUGAGCGCCCUCUUGACGACAACCGUCAUAUCAAUGAUCAUCCCCUUCAUAUUAACAGUGGUCUACCGUAGACCGUCAAUGUUAAUGUUCUACCCGGACUUCCUGACUGGCCCUAAAACCCAUGCAGACUUUUUGCUGACUUACAGUAAGUCCCAUGCAAGGGCCACCCCGUACUUCAUAGGGAUGUUCGGAGGGUACAUUUAUUACAGAUUAAAAGGAAAAAAGUAUCAUGUGUGCAGGAUAAAGUCAGCACUGCUCAUAGUGCUAUCGAUAGCUGCCAUAGCAACGUCGGUGCUGAGCGGUGCCGUGUUUUAUGAUCCCUAUCAUCCCUACGAGCCAUAUGAGUCUGCCGCUUAUGCAGGGUUCCAUAGGGCCUUAUGGGCCCUCGGCAGCAUCGGGAUAAUUUAUGUGGCCAGCUACGGACAUGCCAGUUUCAUUUCGAAAAUACUCACCUGGAGUCCUUGGGUGGCUUUGAGUAAAUUGCAGUACGGUGCUUAUUUGAUCCACAUGCAGUUCCAACUACGGUCCGCCGCCAAUUUCAUGAAUCCCCGCUACAUAACCUAUUUCGAUUUGGUGAGUUUGUCGGCCUCCGAUAUGGUGUUGGCCUUCGUAGCGGCUUUGGCCCUUUACCUGAUGAUCGAGGCCCCAUUUAGGAAGAUUUUCAAGGAACUUUUGAACCCCAAGAGGGAACCUAAAGGGUCUAAAAGUGCCCUCGAGGAGCCUCAAAGUGGGACUUCGACUGCGGCAGAACCUGAACCCAGACAUGUCUUAAAUAAUAAUAACAAUUAUAUCGGCAGUCAUAAUAGGGGGUUCGAGGAGGACAGUAGACUUUAGGAAAAAUGUAAUUUUUUUAAUAUAUAUAUGUACGUGUU